CUCCCCGCCCGCGCAGCCCGGCCGCGGCGCAGGGAGCAGCGGCGGCAGCGGCGGCAGCGCGCCCGGCCCCUCCGCACCAUGGCGCAGCAGCGCCCGCCGCCCGCCGCCGCCUGAGCGCCCCGCGGCGCCGAGCCGAGCCCAUGGCGCCGCCGCCGCCCGCCCUCCGCUGGGCGCUGCCCCUGCUGGCGGCGCUGGCGGGCGCCGCCGGACCCCAGAGCUUCGAGCUGCCGGGGGCCCCCAUCGACAACAUCGAGGUGAGCGGCGGCGCCGUGCUGGUGGCGGGCGGCAGCUGCCUCUACGAGCUGCGGCCCGAGCUGCGGCCCCGGCUCCGCGUGGUGCCGGCGGCGGGGCAGGGCUGCGGGGAGCCCCCCGGCACGCGCAGCAACCUGCUGCUGUACUACGAGGAGGCCGGCGGGGUGGGCGUGCUGCUGACCGGCUGGACCCAGGAUGGCGGCGCCUGCCAGGUGUGGGAGCAGCCCUCCUACCGGCAGCGCUUGAACCAAAGCGAGGUGGUCAGCUGCCUGCCCGACGGCUCCACCGCCGGCGUCGUCUUCCAGCAGGCCGGCGCCUGGUACCUGGCCGUGGCGGCCACCUACUCAACCAGCGCUGACACGAGCCACCUGCACUGCGAGCCCUCGAAGUCGGACAAGGAGACCGUCAUCACGGUGCGCAGCAUGGUCAACCUGAAGUCCAAGGAGGAGCUGGGCAUCAUCAAGCGCAGGGAAGAACCUUUGCACUUUGUUGACGCGCUCCAGUGGGGAGAUCACCUCUUCUUUCCCUACUACACGUUGAAGGCCAGGUUGGGCAAUAACACGGAGCCACCCAGCAUGGCUGUCCUGCGCCAGCUGCGCCCUUCAGAGGGUGGCCUUACUUUGCAAGGGCACGUCUAUUUGGACUGCGGGUGCAGGAGCCUCAUUAUUUCCUCCAGCCUCGUCCGCCAGGGUGAGCGGGGCUGGUGGGUGGGUGUGUUCCGCCACAGCCACAGCGCCAAGGCGUGGAACAGCACUGCCGUCUGCAUCUUUGGGAUGGAGGAGAUGAAGGAGCAAGCCUGUGCAUCCACACACUUCAAUAUGAACGGGAAGAGCUGUGAGGCACGAUCAAUCAAGAAAUUACCUACCUUGAUUCACUCUGGAUUAGUAGCUGUUUAUGGCACAGUUGUUUUGAAUCGUAUAGUUCUCUUUUUGGGAACAGAUGAUGGACAGUUACUGAAGGCUAUUCUUAAUGAGGAUAUGAAAUCUAAUUGCCCAGAGGUUUUAUAUGAAAUUGAGGAAGAAACUUCCAUUUUCCCCAAACUACGACUUGAUCCAGUGAAUAAUAACUACAUCUAUCUGUCCUCUGCCAAUAAGGUGAGAAGAAUACCAGUUGCAAAUUGUGGUAGAUUUGCUUCUGAGCAAGAAUGCUUAUCUGCAAAGGACCCCUACUGUGGGUGGUGUUCUUUCAAUCAAAGGUGCACAUUAAAAGAAAAUUGUACACAUUCAAACAGCAUAAAUGGUUGGUAUAACAUUUCACAUGCACCUGAUAAAGAUCUGAAAAUCCUGCUAAGUUUUCCUGCCAAAUAUCAGGUUGUUGUGACCACAAAUGUAAACAAAAUCCUUACUUUCUGUAUGAUAAAAAUUGUAACAACUGUUGAAAUAUUUUAUGAAAACGUAGUGUUGAAAAAUUCAUCCUGUUUCUGCAAUCUAACCACUCCGAUGAUAACUGAUAACGAUUGUCUAGUUCUUGAAGCAUCACUGUCCUCAAGCUCUUGGAAUAUCACACAAACAUUUCAGUUGAAAAACUGCUCACGGUGUAUACACAAGGGUGAGUGUGCCAGCUGUGAAUGGAUACGUGUCUCUCCUGUCACCACCUGCCAGGAUGAUUGCAGUGCAGCUGCUUCCAAGGGGAUCACCACUGUGCAGAAAACAGAGCAUAUCAGCAUUCAGUCCAUUGAACCUUUGUGGAUUUCUACAUUAGGCAAAAGUGAAAUAACAGUCAAAGGAGAAAACUUUACACGUGCAUCAGGCAUAAAACUGAUACUGACUGGAAUCACUGGCUGUAAACCAGAUGUCAUUAAAGUCAGAAAUGUGCUAAAUGAUACACAAAUGACAUUUGCUCUCCCACCGACACGUAAAGAGGCCAAAAGUAUAUGUAUCCAGGCUAAUGGGAAAAAAUGUUCACCACCAAUGACCCUGCAUUAUGUUUCUCUGCCAUCAUGUUCUAGAAUUACACCAAAUACCUCCUGGAUCAGUGGUGGUCGCAAAAUUACUACAACUGGUAGAAAUUUUAAUGUGGUGGACAGUGUGAUUAUUUCAGAUGACCAGAGAUCAAACCUCACAGUCUCUAGGUGUCCUGGAAAUGCAUCUGAAUAUCAUUAUUUAACGCCAAGCCUGAGCCAUGCAACAGAGGGUAAAGUUGUUGAUAUGAUGUUAAAAGUGGAUACUACCUUUAUACCAUGUGUCAAAUUACACUAUCACCCAGACCCAGUGUUCAUUAACUACCAGCUGCACACUGAACUGGAUCCUGAUCUGGAAUUAAAAAUAUAUAAAGAAAAUGAUAACUUGAAUAUUUCUAAAACUGAGGUAGAAGUGUAUCUAUCAUAUAUGACUGGUGCACAGACCAAAAAGAUAUGGUUCAGUGUCCAAAACAUUACCAAAAAGCCAGACCGUAGCACCAUACUGUGCAAAUUCAAGAGGGAAGGAACCGACAAGAUUGACUUUUCCACAGUGAAAGUUUUUGUCAAAUUAGGAAAUUUUGAGCAUGAAGUCAAACCAACAUCAUCAUACAUAUAUUUAUAUGUUCUAAUUUUGCUACCUAUUGUGGUGGGUGUCAUUAUAGUGGCAUUCAUAGUUACUCGAUACAAAUCCAAAGAGUUAACUCGUAAACAGAGUCAGCAACUUGAGCUGCUGGAGUAUGAGAUUCGUAAGGAAAUACGUGAGGGAUUUGCUGAGCUGCAGAUGGAUGAAUUAGAUGUGGUGGACAGUUUUGGAACAGUUCCCUUCCUUGACUACAAACACUUCGCUCUUAGAACUUUCUUUCCAGAGUCAGGAGGCUUUGCAUCCAUCUUCAGUGAAGAAAUGCCACAGAGCAGAGACCAAACGAGCAAGGAUGAAAGCUUCAACAUGUUGCAUGCUUUGAUUUGUAACAAGAACUUUCUUGUUACUCUCAUUCACACCCUUGAAAAGCAGAAAAAUUUCUCUGUGAAAGACAGGUGCUUGUUUGCAUCCUUCUUGACAAUUGCAUUACAAACUAAGCUAGUUUAUCUGACCCAUAUUUUGGAAGUAUUGACAAGGGACCUGAUGGAGCAAUCGAGCAAUGUGCAGCCUAAGCUCCUGCUCAGGCGAACUGAAUCUGUGGUAGAAAAACUGCUGACAAACUGGAUGUCUGUCUGUCUCUCUGGAUUUCUCCGGGAGACAAUUGGUGAACCUUUCUAUUUGCUGGUGACAACCCUCAAUCAGAGGAUAAACAAAGGCCCUGUUGAUGCAAUAACUUGCAAAGCCCUGUACACUCUUAACGAAGACUGGCUGCUGUGGCAAGUGUCUGAAUUCAAAACAGUGAUGCUGAACAUUAUCUUUGAAAAAGUCCCAGAAAACGAGAGUGGAGAUGCCUGUCAAACUAUCCAAGUUAAUGUUCUGGACUGUGACACCAUAGGCCAAGCCAAGGAGAAGAGCCUUCAGGCUUUCUUUAAUAAGAAUGGCUUUCUCUACGGUCUUCAGCUGGAUGAAAUUGGUCUUGAACUUGUGUCUGAGGAGCAGCAAAGAGAAUUGUUGGAUAUUGAUGGUUCCUCAGAGGUGUUGGAUGAUGGGAUAAGGAAGCUAAAUACCAUCGGCCAUUACGAGAUUUCAAAUGGAGCAACCAUAAAAGUCUUCAAAAAGAAGGCAAAUACCCGAUCAGAUGUGGACUACUCAGAUGAACACUGUCAUUUGAUUUUACCAGACUCGGAAGCAAACAAAGAUGUGAAGGGAGCAGGUCACAAAGGAAAGCAAAAAUUCAAAGUGAAAGAAAUGUAUCUCACAAAACUUCUGUCAACCAAGGUGGCAAUUCAUUCAGUUGUGGAAAAGCUCUUCAGGAGCAUUUGGAGUUUACCCAACAAUAAAGCACCUGUUGCCAUCAAGUACUUUUUUGACUUUUUGGAUGCCCAGGCUGAGAGCAAAAAAAUUACUGAUCCUGAUGUGGUCCACAUAUGGAAAACCAACAGCCUUCCUCUUCGCUUCUGGGUGAACAUACUGAAGAAUCCCCAGUUUGUCUUUGACAUCAAGAAGACUUCACACAUAGAUGGCUGUUUGUCUGUAAUUGCACAAGCCUUCAUGGAUGCCUUUUCUCUCGCAGAACAGACACUGGGGAAGGAAGCACCAACAAACAAACUUCUCUAUGCUAAAGACAUUCCUCUCUACAAGAAGGAGGUGAAAGCAUACUACAAAGCCAUCAGGGAUCUGCCUCCAUUGACCACUGCAGAGGUUGAAGAAUUUCUAGCUCAGGAAUCUAAGAAACAUGAAAAUGAAUUUAAUGAGAAAGUGGCCUUGUCUGAAAUCUACAAAUACAUAGUGAAAUACUAUGAUGAGAUUGUCAGCAAACUCGAGCGAGAACGGGGGUUUGAAGAAGUCCAGAAACAGCUCCAGCAAGUAAAAGCCUUAUUUGAUGAAAAGAAAAAAUGCAAAUGGCAUUGAGCAGAGCACUGACUCACAGCAUCACUGUGGGGGAUUUUACAUUAGCGCUACUGCUCCCAAAACUGUUUUGACUGACUUUAUGUACAGGGUUUGAAACAUUUGGACACUCUUCUCCACUCUGACCAUUCCACGUAAUCUACGAUUGGGAAUGAAGUAUGGGCAUGGUUACAUAUUCACACAGGGGCAUGUGAAAGUGAACCUAAUGUUGGCAGGGUCAGCAUUUUUAGGUACUUGAGCACACAUAACCCUUUGUUUCAAAAAUACCUUCUAGUAAGCUUUUUGCUUGCUUUAAAAUAAGGACAUAGAAGAUGUGCAAAAUACACUGUAAGUUCAGAGUUGCCCACGUGAACUUGCAAGUUGCUUACCUCUUUUUUUUAAGAGAAAAAGCUGAUGUUUCGCCACAUCCUUUCAGCAGCUUGGCAAACUGUGAGAGUGAGAAUACGGGUCAGCUGCAAUUUCCUUCCUUCCAGUCAAAUGUUCGCUAAUUCCUGUUCAGAAAAAAUAAACCACCAAAAAUACAAACAAACAAAAAGAAAAAGAAAAAAAAAGAAAAAAAAAGAAAAAAAGAAAACCACCAAAACAAAACAAACAAACAAAAAAAAAACCAAACAAAAAAACCCCAGCCCCAAACACAUCAAAAAUCCCAACAACAACCUGGCACCAAAGUGACACUUCGGAUAAGUGUGUUUAGCAGACACAGUGGAUCUGAGGUUGGAACGCCAAAUGCCACAUGCAGGACUUAUCUUUGUCAGGUUAGAAAUUCCAUGUCCAAAGUGAAGCGAACCACUGCGGGGAAGAGGUGAGGGGAGGCUUUUGGAGAAGGGCAUUCAGCCACCAUCAGUCUGUGUUUACAUUUUUGACCUUUCCAUCCUUAAAUAAGCUGUGAAACACUUGUAAGCAGCUUCACAGCUGAAACUGCACUGCAUCAGGACACUUGUGAUUUGAUGAAGCAGCUGCCAAUGGCUGCACUUUGGUGCACAAACCUGUACUCAGGUGCAUGAUCAGCCCAUGCAUCAGUGCUGAUGGUCCUGGCCAGCCUUGCCAUCUGUGUACAAGGGCCUCACAGACCUAAAGCCAGCAUGUGGGGGGCAGGUCAAAGGUUGGUUUAAUCAUAUUUAAGAACAGGAAGACUGGGGUUUGAGACUGGGGUUGGGAGGGGUAACUGUCUGCCUUAGUCUGGCUGGGGUUUUUUGAGGCUUGGCUGUUUCGGAAGGAAGGUGUCCAUUACACUUGCAUUGGUGGGUAAAGUCGGCCCAUCUGGAAGGCAGGGCCAUGGCUGUGCUGCUGGGAUGAGGCUGGUGCAGAGGCUUCUGAGCAAAGCCACAGAGGAGCAGCUGUGGCUCCAGCUCUGCUGCAGCACCAGCACAACCCUACCCCUCUAUGAGAGAGCUGGAAUGGUUUGUCAGCCUGGACUCUGCUUCAGUCACAGGAGGCACGUUCUGAGGCUGUCACGUGCCCUUUGAUUUGAGGUAGGGCAUUCAUGACAAGGAGAUACAUUUCCAUACAUUUCUGGAGGGAUCCACCACUGGAGGUGAGUGGUGUAGCACAGUGGCCCAUGGGAGAGGGAAGAGCUGUCACCUGCCUUGGCAGUAAGAAAGGAGCCAUGGGCUGUGAAUGGCACAGGUGGCCCAGGUUUGGUACAGAAAGCCAGUGCUGGGACUGUGAGCAGCCAGAGGUGGCUGCACUGGGUUCCCAGGCAGCGGAGGGUCACAGGGUGCGGAGUUGGAGCCCCAGAGCUCGGUGCUAAUUUCGCCUGCUCUGGUCACAAAGGCAGCUGGCCCGAGGCACAAUCCCAGUGGCAGAAGCAAGGCAGGCUGUUAAUGUGGAGAAAAGCAAACACAAAAACACGGUCCUGCUGCUCUGCCCGCUCCCUACCAUGUGAUUGCACAAGUUGUUCCUCUUGCAUACCAGAGAGGGCAGCCACCAACCAACCCAUACUGUGAUGGCUUUGUUGGUUUUUUUUUUUAAUUCAAGUCUUACACUUGCUAUUAAGUUUACACUUUAUACUUGAUGGAAUGUAUGGCUUUGUUCAGGACACUGCACUACAGUGUUGCAGUGCUUUCAGCAGUUCUCUGCCUGGCACAAUGUAUUUUGAUAAGUUCAAUUUUAUUGGAAAAAACCCCACCCACCUCUAACCUAUCUUGCCCUCUGUCCUAAAAGAGUGGACCAUGGCUUGACUAGCACUUAAGCUUGGGAUACCUGCACGUAAGGGCUUGAUUUUUAUUGUUCUUAAUCUAACCUUUUAACAGCAGCAUCAAAUAAAUAGAAAAAGCACAGUAAUUGAUACUGAAGGGGAGGCAGGAGCGGAUUUCGCUUUCCAGUUAGUUCUCUUCUACUUCAGGUGUUUGCUGGCAGUGCAUUCAAAUGAACUGUGAUAAUUUUGUUCAACAGUAACCUUCUGUACAGGCAGAAAAAACAACUUCAACAUUUCUGCUUGAAAAGCUGUAAAAUAUAAUCUGUUUGCGUGGGUCUGAUCCUGUGAACUUCACUAUAUGUGUUUAUAUUGAUGAGGAAAUGAAAAUCAGUCCUAUUCUGUAUUUGUACUACUGCUUGUUUGCUACAAUAGCUUUAAUGAUUUCUAGAGAUUAAGUAUGUGUUGAAGCAGGCCCUGUAGCAUUACCUACAGCCUGGAAUAGGAUUAUUGCCUUUUAUUCAAGCCUCCUAAACAGCGUCACUCUGUUAGUAAACCAUUUUUAAGUCAUACUGGGACUCUGUAACCCAUCAAGUGGAUCUCACUAAGUGAUGUGAAGUAUAAUUAAGUGAUUGUGGCUCUUUUGGUAGGUUUGGGUCAGCACACAAAACAUUGGCACACCUUCUGUAUCUGCAAUUUGCCAUUACUGUCACACAGAGAAAAAGAACCACCUCUGACUAUUAUGGGUAUUAUGGCAACACAACAGUUCUAAUCGCAUCCUCAGAAAUGAAAAUGAACUUCUCUUCAACUUACUUUCCCAUGUUUACAGGCAAACUGCUAUGGCAAACAGCGUGUUUCUAACACUAGCUUACAGAGCAUUAUUUUGCAGUCAUCUAGUUUGAAGUCAAAUCUUACUAAUGUGUAAAGUAAUUCCUGUUGUACAGAAGUUAAUCUGUUGUUUAAAAUGAAUGGUUUAAAAAAGUGCAAAAGACAAAUACAUGUUGGUGUUUGUAUGGGUUUAUCUAGAAUAAAAGCAUUUGGAGGUUA